CCUGGUGAUGGUAAGGGAGGGUACAGCAGGGGCUUGCCCACUGCUGGUGCUGCUGCUGCUCGUCAUCAAUGCUUCUUGUGUCAUCAACUUCACUUCUGCCUUGCAAGAUGAUCUUCAUCAAUGCCACGACUCCACCCACCACCCACACCCCACACCGUGGUCUGGUGUGCCGCUAGGUGAGAAGGAUUCAGAUGACAGCACUAACAGCCAGGUUGACACUGGCCUUCACGCUGAGGACAGUAGUGACAGCCAGGCUGACACUCAGCUACACCCCCAGGACAGUGCUGAGCAAGAACUUCGUCAGCUGAGAACGCCACACGUCCUACACGGAAACAACUUUGAGUCGAUCAAAGAAGAGAGAACUAACAAAGUUCUUGAAGCAGCACCUCAGGUCGACUCACGACGUGAUGUUCGACGUCUUGGCCAUCGACUCUUUAGGGAUAGACAAUACGGAGGUCGAUACACAGAAAGCAGCAGAAACGUCGAUACUCGCUAUAGCGGACAUCGAAGCAUUUUCAACCAACGAGAUGAAAACAGCCGACUGGACGCCCGACUAACACAGGGUCGUAGACUAGAUGCCCGACUAACACAGGGUCGUAGACUAGAUGCCCGACUAACACAGGGUCGUAGACUAGAUGCCCGACUAACACAGGGUCGUAGACUAGAUGCCCGACUAACACAGGGUCGCAGAUUAGAUGCCCGACUAACACAGGGUCGUAGACUGAAUGCGAGACUAACAGGUCAUAGACUGGAGACAACAGUAGCUGAACGACGACUCUUUACUCGGGAAACCGACAAACAAAGGCUUAACGUCAGACAAAGACAGACAAUCUUGAGCAAAAGAAGCACUGAUGUUAAUGGUCACCUUGACACAAGGAAGACACCUGAUGACAGACGUAUUGAAAUAAAUAGGAACCCUGAUGGUCGUCUUGAAACCAGGAGGAGCUCUGAUGGUCGUCUUGACACCAGGAGGAACUCUGACGGUCGUCUUGACACCAGGAGGAACUCUGAUGGCCAUCUUGACACCAGGAGCACCUCUGAUGGUCGUGUCGACACCAGGAGGAACUCCGAUGGUCGUCUUGACACCAGGAGGAACUCUGAUGGUCGUGUAGACACCAGGAGGAACUCUGAUGGUCGUCUUGACAUCAGGAGGAACUCUGAUGGUCGUCUUGACACCAGGAGGAACUCUGAUGGUCGUCUUGACAUCAGGAGAAACUCUGAUGAUCGUCUUGGCACCGGAAGGAACUUGGAUGGUCGUCUUAUCACCAGAAGGAACAUUGAUGGUCGUCUUGACACAAGGAGGAACUCUGAUGGCCAUCUUGACACCAGGAGCACCUCUGAUGGUCGUCUUGACACCAGGAGGAACUCUAAUGGUCGUCUUGACACCAGGAGGAACUCUGAUGGUCGUCUUGACAUCAGGAGGAACUCUGAUGGUCGUGUAGACACCAGGAGGAACUCUGAUGGUCGUCUUGACACCAGGAGGAACUCUGAUGGUCGUCUUGACAUCAGGAGAAACUCUGAUGAUCGUCUUGGCACCGGAAGGAACUUGGAUGGUCGUCUUAUCACCAGAAGGAACAUUGAUGGUCGUCUUGACACAAGGAGGAACUCUGAUGGUCAUCUUGACACCAGAAGGAUCUCUGAUGGUCGUCUUGACACCAGAAGGAACUUUGAUGGUCGUCUUGACACCAGAAGGAAUUCUGAUGGUCGUCUUGACACAAGGAGGAACUCUGAUGGUCGUCUAGACACCAGAAGGAACUCUAAUGGUCGUCUUGACAAGAGGAGAAACACUGAUGGUCGUCUUGAUACGAGGAGGAACUCUGAUGGUCGUGCUGACCCCAUGAACAACUCUGAUGGUCGUCUUGACACAAGGAGGAAUUCUGAUGGUCGUCUAGAUACCAGGAGGAACUCUGAUAGUCGUCUUGACACAAGGAGGAAGUCUGAGGGUCGUCUUGACACCAGAAAGAAUUCUGAUGGUCGUCUUGACACCAGAAGGAAAUCUAAUGGUCGUCUUGACAAGAGGAGAAACACUGAUGGUCGUCUUGAUACGAGGAGGAACUCUGAUGGUCGUGUUGACUCCAUGAACAACUCUGAUGGUCGUCUUGACACCAGGAAAAACUCUGAUGGUCGUCUUGACACAAGGAGGAACUCUGAUGGUCGUGUUGACUCCAUGAGGAAUUCUGAUAGUCGUCUUGACACAAGGAGGAACUCUGAUGGUCGUGUUGACUCCAUGAGGAAUUCUGAUGGUCGUCUUGACACAAGGAGGAACUCUGAUGGUCGUGUAGAUACCAGGAAAAACUCUGAUGGUCGUCUUGACAACAGGAGGAACUCUGAUACUCGUCUUGACACAAGGAGGAACUCUGGUGGUCGUCUUGACACCAGGAAAAUCUCUGAUGGUCGUCUUGCCAACAGGAGAAACUCUGAUACUCGUCUUGACACAAGGAGGAAUUCUGAUGGUCGUCUUGACACCAGAAAAAACUUUGAUGGUCGUCUUGACAACAGGAGAAACUCUGAUACUCGUCUUGACACAAGGAGGAACUCUGGUGGUCGUCUUGACACAGAAAAUCUCUGAUGGUCGUCUUGACACCAUGAGGAACUCUGAUAGUCGUUUUGACACAAAGAGGAACUCUGAUGGCCCUCUUCACACCAGGAGGAACUCUGAUGGUCGUCUUGACACAGGAAGGAACUCCGAUGGUCGUCUUUACACCAGG